AGUUGGUGGAUGAAAACCGGCCCGCACAGCGAGCAACCAAGCGAGCCCCUUGCCUCGAACACUGCUGAUACAAGCACACUGCUGGUUCCCUGCGGGCGCUCACGGCAGCCCCAGUUCAUUGGCGAAUUAGAUGCCGCGCAACCAAGCCGGCUUCCUGCCCAACAGCAGCAGUACGGGUAGAAGCACCUCGCCCGUCAUGCCACCGCAGGACGAGGAAUUGCCGGACGCCAGGCUGCUGGGCCAAGCCGAGGAUGACCAAAUCAACAACGCAGAGUCAGGGGUCGGGGCGAAGUCAUUAGAGGUUGACUUCGAGCCGGUAGCCCCCCAGAGAGAAGAGACACCGAUGCAGAAGGGCAUCCUGCUCUUCCUAGCCACCGUGGGGCUGCUGGGGUCAUACGUUACCUGGGGCUUCAUGCAGGAAAUGGUAAAGAACAAGAUGUACGGGAAGACCGACAGCUUCGCGGGAGAAAAGUUCCCGUCUGACGUAUUCCUUGUGUUCGGGAACCGGCUGCUGGCCAUGGUGGUGGCCGCGGGGAUGGUGAUGCUGCCCCUGAGGAGAGAGCCAGCGGGGGGCUGGGCGCCGCAGGCGCCUUGGCUGAGCUUCGCCCCGUGCUCUUUGUCGAACGUGAUGAGCAGCUUCUGCCAGUACCGCGCCCUCAACUUCAUCUCCUUCCCGAUGCAGGUUGUGUCUAAGAGCUGCAAAGUGGUACCAGUGAUGCUGGUCGGCAAGUUCGUGCACGGGAAGUCAUACCCUUGGGUGGAGUACUUGGAGGCGGUCGCGAUCGCUAUGGGAGUGAGCCUUUUUUCCUUGUCCCAGUCUGACGGCCCUAAGGAUGGGGAGGAGACCCAUACCAAUUUGUACGGCAUCUUCUUUAUCGCCUCCUACCUGGUGUGCGAUAGCUUCACCUCUCAGUGGCAGGACCGCAUCUUCAAGAAGCACAAGAUCGACCAGUACCAGAUGAUGUUCGGCGUCAACUGCUUCUCCAUCCUCUUCACUACCACCUCGCUCCUCUGGGACGGCGGGUUCGCCGAGAGCUUCCGCUUCCUGUCCACGUACCCGGCGGCUCUUUACCACGUGGUGACUCUGUCGGUCACCUCCGCCACCGGGCAGCUGUUCAUCUUCUACACCAUCAAGAAGUUCGGACCCAUCAUCUUCACCAUCAUCAUGACCACCAGACAAAUGGUCUCCCUCGUGGUGUCGGCCGUCGUGUGA